AGUGAUUCGGAUGCCGAUGGGGUUUUAAUUUUUAGUUUCGUGAUGGUUAGGCUUUAACUUAACCCACACCCGAUACAACCCAUUGCCAUCCCUAACUUUGAAUCCCAUGCCGGGAUUCGUCCCGGUUUAGCAUGCGCACGCAGGCAUGCUCAUGAUUCGUAGUGGAACUUGCGAACGGCAAUUCAAGACAGCCUUGUCGUGCAGGAAAGGGAAGGGCGCCGAUUAGGCAAAGGCAAACUGCACUGGGAUGGAGUAGUACCGUGGUAGUUAGGCAUGCAGCGCCGGCCUCAUGCGCAAGGCGUGCGCUCCUUCGAUCGGGUGCCGGAAUUCAUCUCCCAAACCACAGACGUCAGGCGUCCGAAAAGGUUCGGCUCAUACACAUUGUGUGAUCGCGGACCUGGAAUCGAGCUUUACAAAUUUACAACACAUUGCCCAAUAUCGAUGUCUCCAGAAAUUUCACACACACUCUACUUUUAAAUGCGUCUAGGGUCCUACUAGACUCACUCUAUUGGCUAUGAGAAGUGCUAAAUAGUUCCAGUUUGUUUUAGAGAGAGCUGCUUAAGAAAUAAUUAAGUGUUUAUGUGUUGUAACAAAAACAUAAAUAUUAAACGUGGUAAGUAUAAACUCAAGUACGAACACUGGACACUCUACUUUUAAAUGUGUCCAGGGUCCUACUAGGCUCACUCUAUUGGCUAUGAGAGGUGCUAAAUAGUUGCAGGUUUGUUUCAGAGAGAGCUGCAUAGGGAGUAUCUCUAAGUGCUAAGUCCGUACAUUUCUAAGUGCGAAGUCUGUAUCUGGUCUCGGACGUAGAAUGUCGGUUAAGCCGAAAAAGAGAAGAAAACGGAAAGGAUUACUGGUUUUAACUCCUUCCUGGAGGCCCAUCCAACCCAAGCCUAAUUGGAGAAAAUGACUAAAGCCUCAAGUUUAACUGUACUGAACUAGACUCCCAUUAUUCUCUGGUGUACAAUGAGAAAAAAAGAUAAAUUUUAUUAUACAUAGUCUAUUUGAAAAAAAAAAUUAUAGUGCUAGAUCAUAGUAUCGUCCAAACCAUAAAAAAUUCAGAAAUUUUCAUAACUAUUUCGACAGUGUUUGAAAUUUUAAGAGCAAUGGAACACAACAUUUUUUUAUUUUACAGGUGACAGGUGCCUGUUGAUUUUUAAACCUGUCGUACUUUCAGCUGGCUACAAUGGCCUAGUUUUUUCAAACGGAUGUCUGUUUUUACAAUUUUUUAUUUUUGAAAUAUAAAAAAUAAAAAAUUCCUCUCUCUCUUAAAAAAGCUGAGCUUUUUUUUUGAAAUUUGAAACCCAAUAUAACAAAGCCCACGUCGAGGCCCAAGCCCAACCUCUGCCUCCUCUCCUUUUAUUUCUCCUCUUUUUCUCCAUUUCUCCGUGAAUUCGCCGUUCGCUCGCACAAACCUGAGAAACUCGAAGCGGAACGGAAUCAAACCGAGCGCGAGAGGCGGAGUCGCGGAGAGUGCGAGCGGGAGCAAUGGAGGCGCUGCUGGAGCUGGAGAAGGUGCAGAGGGUGCUCUCCCUCAUGAGUUCCCGCGGCCUCUCCGGCUACGGCGGCGGCGGCGCCGACCGCUUCCUCGCCCAGUUCCUCCUAUUUAUGGUGCAACCAUUUGAUUCACUUAGCAUGGAGAAGAAGUUCCUACUUAUCUCUGAGCUAUUAAGAAAGGCUACUCCUGAUACUCUGGAAGAAGUGCAGCAUCUUACAAUCUGGAAGAUUCGGACCCUUUCAAAUGCAGCUGAUCAAGAUAUACCUUCUGGAGCUUCACUCCAGCCAAAUAAGAAGUUCAAGAUGCAUGCCGAGAAAUUAACUAUUCAGGCUGUGCCUGUGGUUGGUUUUGAUGCGAUGACAAGAGCUAACUCUACGCUUGAAGAUUUUUGCAGGUCGUACUUUAUGUUUCAUGGUUUGGACGUUAACAAUGCACAAACAAUUUUCAAGUAUCUACCUGUUCUUUCUUUCACAGAGAGCUACAUAUAUCAGUUAGAUGCUUCAAAUGAAGACUGUUUGCAUCUAGUCCCAGACACCAGCACUUCUGCAAAAGUGUUGGAAAGGAAAAUAGAAGCUUUCGAUGGAACAUCCUUGUCUCAAAUGAUUGACCCCCUUGACAAUCUUCUUCAGCGUGAAGGAUUAAUGUCAGAUAGGUUGCGAACUGAACUCAAAUCAGGCAUUCAGUACUGGUCUUUAGAGAGGAAGCUUUGCCAAGCAUUACUAAGAAAUGAAAAGAUCCCAAUUGAAGAUGUGAUGAAAGCAAUUCAUCUCAAAUCAUUUGAUUAUCGAGUUCUUAAUCUGUUGAUGUAUCAGCUUACUGGUCAGCAGGUGAAUGAAUUGCUCACGCAUUAUAAAAACCUCCCACGCACCAUUGAUUCUUGGUGCAAAUACGAGCUGGUGGUACGUCGAUAGCCACGCCCAUAUUGCAUUUCGUGCGGGUACCUGUCGUGACGAUGAUAGUUGAUCUGAUGACUGUUGGCCUGUUGCAUGCUGCACGAGGCCACAAAAUUGAGGCCUGGACGCCUGGGCUUGCCGUUCGCUCAACGCAAGUUUGGCGGAGGCCAAUUUGCAACCUCCACAUAUUCUCUCAUGUACCUGCGUGGAGCAGUUUAUGAAUAAAAGCUGCAGCGCCGAUCUCGUUUUUGUUUUUACGAUGUAGGAUGGACACGCUACAGCCUAAAGGCCAAAAUGGUGCUCUCCUUGCAACUGGUAUAUAUCACCGGCAAGAAACCGGAUAUUUUGUCCCUACUUCGGAUAUUUUACCGAGCGCCUGUUUGGGAAAAAAAGAUUGCCAAGCUAUAUAGAUUCAUUCAUAUCGUGUGCCACAUGAAUACAACCUUUUACACAUAA